GCUAGAAGGUUUGCUGAUCCAUAAACCAGAGGAGCCCAUAGAAUUCCUGAUCAACCAGCUGACACUCAACAAUUACAACGUGGCCCCUGGUAGCAAGAAGGCACUUGCUGAGAUAAUCCUGGGGGAGCGGGAGAUGGUGCUGGCAGGUCCCCUGCUGCGUUGGACUAGGCUGCGGGUGGGAAGAAGAAGCUUGACAUGCUGUCACCAUGGGGGAUAGAAAGCUGAGAUCUACAACUAGUUGGCAAGCUCCAAGGAUCUUAAUACUUGGCCCUCCUGCCUCUGGAAAAACUACUAUCGCGAUGUGGCUGAGUAAACAGUUGGCAGCCCCGCGACUCUCGCAGGACACUUUGCUAGCCAGUGAUUGGUCCUCCCUGGCUGCCAGUGCACAGGAGUACCGAGACAGAAAAGAGAAAGUUCCUGAUGACCUCUGGGUCCAGUUGAUCGAGGAGCGUAUGCAGCUUCAAGACUGUCUUCAGAAUGGUUGGAUUAUCGAAGGCCUCCCUGACACCCGGGAACUUGCGCGGAGCUUGCAGGCAGUGGGGAUCAUUCCACGGCAUGUUGUCGUGUUUUAUGCUCCGGACUCUGUGUUGAUCGAGAGGAAUCUUGGGAAAAGAGUAGACUGUGUUACUGGAGAAGUCUACCAUACCACAUUUGACUGGCCUAUGGAUGAGACUGUGCAGAUGCAUCUGGUAGUUCCUGAAGGCAUCUCUGAGGAAGAAACGGCCAGGCGGCUGGUGGAAUACCAUCAGAACUAUUACGGGAUUCUGCAGUCCUUUGGGAAGUCUAUGAAGCUGAUCAAUGCUGACCAGCCCUGCACGGAUGCCCUUGCACAGGUUCUGACGCAUAUUCAGAUUCCUCCUCGAACUCAUGCUCCGUUUUCACCCCGGAUUCUCCUUUGUGGACCUCCAGGCUCUGGGAAAAGCCUCCAGGCUGCACUGAUUGCUCAAAAAUAUGGCAUCAUCAAUGUUUGCUGCAGAGAUAUGAUAAAGGAGGCUGUAGCUGAUGGUACGAAACUUGGAGAACUCAUUAAGCCCUACCUUGACAAUGGAUGGCCAGUGGCAGACAACAUUGUCUUGAAGCUGCUGUCACAGAGGCUGAACCAGCUGGACUGCCACAUCCGAGGCUGGGUGCUCCAUGGCUUCCCAAGAGAUGAGGAUCAGGCAAAGCUGAUGCUGCACAUGGACAUUAAUCCAAACAGGGUGUUUUUCCUGACGCUCCCAACUGACACAAUUAUCCAGCGCCUGUCCUACCGCAUGGUGGACCCUGUCACUGGGGAAAGGUACCACACUUUCUACAAGCCAGCCGCCACAAAGGACGCCAAUGACCGCCUCCUCCGGCACCCAAGGGAUGUGGAAGAGGCCGUGAGUCUCAAGGUGGACUCCUACUUCAGGUUUUCUGGAGGCCUGGAGACAUUCUUUGAAGAUGCUAUUUUUAUCAAUGCUGACCAAGAUCCCCAGACGGUCUUUGAGUACAUAGAGAGCUACCUUGUUAAUCCACUCCCUAUCGUCCAGAAAGAUUUCUGAGUGUGCAGUCUUCCUAAAUGUUAAAGAGUGUUUAGGAGCAUUUUCUUGAAAAUUUGUAGGCAACACUUUUGUUCCAUUUAUUGCUUUUUACUCAGAAAUUGAUUGCAAAGGAUCCAGGGGGCCAAAAGUCAUGGGCAGCCCCAUCCUCAGACCUAUAGUAGAACCCUCUAAGAUGGAGGAGGGCUGCCAGAAUACACAUUUGUACAGCCAGAGCUGUCACCAUGCAUCAGGAUCUCACUCCACAAAUGGAAUUUGAUUUUUUUAAAACCCUUUUACCUACUGGGGAAAUUAAAAAUAUUAACUUUCUUAAUCAUCCAGCUGACAGAAUGUAGUGUCCUGGUAGUCCCAAGCAGAUCAGUGACAGUGAGAUGGAGGAAGAAAAACAUUCCGCCACCCCCAUUUCGUCCUUUUCUGUCUUGGUGGCUGCUCAGGAGAGACAUCUGACUGCUCUGUUUUGGGUCCGAGGAUGUAGGGUGGGGAAUUAAAGAAUCUUUGAACACAGA